GGUGGCCGGAGCGGAAGUGGAGCUAUCGCCACUGCCGCCACCGAUUUCGGAGCCGUAGUAGCUGUCGCUGCCGCCGCCGUCGCCGCCACUGCAGGCACCGCUGCCGCCGCCUGAAGAGUGGGCUUGGGAAGAAAGCGGUCGCCGCUCUUAAAGCUUCGUUGGAAGCGCCUUUGCCCCCUGGAACCCUCCCACGGGAACAACCAUGGACAAAAGUGAGCUGGUACAGAAAGCCAAGCUGGCUGAGCAGGCUGAGCGCUAUGAUGACAUGGCCGCAGCUAUGAAAGCAGUCACGGAGCAGGGGCAUGAACUCUCCAAUGAAGAGAGAAAUCUGCUCUCUGUUGCCUACAAGAAUGUGGUAGGCGCCCGCCGCUCUUCCUGGCGUGUCAUCUCCAGCAUUGAGCAGAAAACCGAGAGGAAUGAGAAGAAGCAGCAGAUGGGCAAAGAGUACCGUGAGAAGAUCGAGGCGGAGCUGCAGGACAUCUGCAAUGAUGUUCUGGAGCUGUUGGACAAAUAUCUUAUUCCUAAUGCUACACAACCAGAAAGUAAGGUGUUCUACUUGAAAAUGAAAGGAGAUUAUUUUAGGUACCUUUCUGAGGUGGCAUCUGGAGAUAAUAAACAAACUACUGUGUCGAACUCCCAGCAGGCGUAUCAGGAAGCAUUUGAAAUUAGUAAGAAAGAAAUGCAGCCUACACAUCCAAUUCGACUUGGCCUGGCACUGAACUUCUCCGUCUUUUACUAUGAGAUCCUAAACUCUCCUGAAAAGGCAUGCAGCCUAGCAAAAACGGCAUUUGAUGAAGCGAUUGCUGAAUUGGAUACACUGAAUGAAGAAUCUUACAAAGACAGCACCCUGAUCAUGCAGCUACUUAGGGACAAUCUCACUCUGUGGACAUCGGAGAACCAGGGAGAUGAAGGAGAUGCUGGGGAGGGAGAGAACUAAUGUCUGUUGUGCUGUGAGCUGUUCAGUGUCACUCUGUACCUUUCACAUAGAUCCCUUUGUGCGAUAAAAAAAAAAAAAAUUGUACGUCGACUUUCGAUUUUUCACAGCCUCUGCCUAGCAAAAAUGGUCCAUGGGAUAAACAGCUGGUAUUUGUAUCUAAAACACAAAUUGGUCACAUAAAUGCCACGGCAUUCUGAAGUUUUGAUUUCAAUUAACUUUGACAGGAUUACUGUAUGUUUAAUUUUUUAAAACUGAACACUGUGAUUAUGGGGUUUUGUAACUUAACAGAACUCUCACUGGUAGAAAAAAAAAUAGACCUGAAUUAUGUGUAACUUUUCCGAAAGUUUAAUCUGAUAUCAAAAUAGUCACUGAAAUACAAUUCUGUUGUAAAGUUGUACAGAAAGUUAUAAAGAUUAUAUUGCAAUGCUGGGACUAGGAGUGAGACACCAUUUGGCAUCUGAGUUUAAUGGUAAUUCACAGUGAUUCUGCCUGUGGGGACGUAUAGAUCCUUGACCAUUUGGGCCACUGCCACUCAAAAGUUCAUGAUCACAAAUGUUUGUAGAGUAUUCCUCUGAGGACCUCAAAGCCUGCAAUUGGAAUUGUUUGUGGCAGAAAACUUGGUUGUGACACCACCAAUAGGUCCCGUGCUCCUAUAUGAUGUGACUAAGCUCCCUUUCCUACAGCAAUAUGAUACUGAUUUGCAACUUGUGAAAUCAGAGGGAUCUCUUUUCCUUAUUACACUUAGAUGAAAGAAGAAAAAUAAAAAGCCGUGUGUCUUA